AUGGAGAUUCCGUGGAUCCUUGUACUCGUCCUGUGCGCAACGAUGGUUACCGGAUUCGAUCUCGGACCGAUCGUCAGGAUCGCUCAGUGUAGAUCGCAAUGUUUGAGGAAGCAUACAGCUGAUGGGACCUGCGAUUGGUACUCGGAGCAGGAGCAGACCAAUUGUAGCACGUGCUGGCAGUACUGCGAGGCCCUCGAGAACCGGUGGGAGAAGACAAGAACCAUUUGCGAGGGCGACCAGUAUCUACAUUGCCCAGCCUGCCAGACAGCCUGUACUUACCGAAAGACCAGAAUAGAGGAGAAGUACAUACCGUCGAUGCUGCCAGCGCCUAAGAAGGCACCCAUCGCCCUGGACAGAUUUGACGUGGCCGUAGUGAUGCGCAAGCUUUACAAGCAGUGGAGAGUAGCUGGAUAUUACCCAGGGGAGCGUACUCCGAAUCUAAGGCCGGAUACCUGGAUCAUAGUCGCGAUGGAGGACGGCGUGAAGCACUACAGUUGGCAAGAAUGGGUUCCAAAGCUGGAAUCCUUGAAGGAGGGCCCAUUGUACGAGGCGACGGUCUCCUGGAAGGAUGUCCAGACUCAACUUGAAGAACAGAGGUCCCUGGAACAGGUCAGAUUCAAUAAUCGCGUGAGACAGUUCUUCCUGGAAAAGUACGGGGAAAAAGUGCUCGCGGAGUGGAGGAAUCACGAGGAUUCUCAAAUCUCCGACGAAAUAUUCCGGAGGUUCUUCUUCAGGCGGAAGGAGGAUCGAUUGGACGAUCUCGGGGCCGACAACACUCCUUCGACGAGCAACGCUUAUAACGAUAGGAUUGCCAAGGAUCAUUUAGGAAUGAAGGAAUCGUACGUGGUGUCCUGGGAGCCCGAGACGGGUGGUCUUAUGGGAAAUCAAGUGACAGACUCGAAUUCCGCGCAGAUUUCUCUGCUGCCUGGAACGAAAUACCUUGUCAGAAUCGCCUCCAACGACGGACCUGGUAGCUUCCCCAUCGAGGUGGAUACGAGGCCUAAUUCCGUUCAGGCUAAGAGGAUAGAGAGGACCAUCGAGGAAUUAUAUCCCUGGGAUAUCUACGCUGCCUGCGGUUCUGCUGUUCUUUUGAUAGUCAUUCUCGGUGCGGCGAAGGUCUGCAGAAAGGGUAAGACCGUGGAGGCUGAAGAGGUCUGA